CGUGCUGUGUGGUUGUUGCUACGUUAUACCACCCGUUGCUUGCUUGUUUUGCCUGCCUGCCUGCCUGCCUGCCUGUCCUUGCCUCGAUUUUCAAGUCAAAUCAGCAUGUAACCAUUUGAGAAACGACAGACCAAGCCGGCCGCCGCACCAGCCUCUACGGCUCCAUCGACGCGCAGCCCGCCCUGCUGGUGCUCGAGCGCGCGCCCUUUCCCGCCUCGGAGGCGUACCUGGCCCGCCUGCCGCGCAGCCUCGCGCGCCUGCGCAACCUGGGCGCCAACGACGUGUACAGCUGGAGCAUGGCGCGGACGGGUCGCGACGACGAUGACGACAAGAACAACAACGACAGCAAGGUGGAUGGCGGCGACGGCGGCGAGGGCAAGGGCAAUGGCGACGGCGACGACGACGACGACUUCUUCGCGGACCUCAAAAUCAACCUGAUAUACCCGUGCACCGACACGCACGUCAAAAAGUACAGCAAGCAGGGCGUGCGCUUCGUCACCGAGACGCCCGACCUCUACCGGCAGCAGAUCCGGCCGUACAUGCAGGCCAAGCGUGAGCAGGGGCGGCUCAACUGGGUCUUCAACAUUAUAGAGGGCAGGACCGAGGUCGACGACGUUAUAUACAGGACCAAGCUGGGAGAGGCCGGCGACGAAGGAUUCCUGCUCCUGCCCGACCUCAACUGGGACCGCAGCACCAUCGAUGCGCUGCACUUGCUGGCGCUCGUGGAGCGGCGCGACAUCUGGUCCCUGCGCGACCUCAGGAAGAAACACAUAUCCUGGCUCGAGCACAUGCGCGCCAAGCUCGUGUCCGCCACCGUGUCCACGUACCCGACGGUGGAACCCGACCAGCUCAAGCUGUACGUGCACUACCAGCCCACCUACUACCACUUCCACAUCCACAUUGUGCACGUGGCACUCGAGGCGGGCGCCACGCAGGCCACGGGCAAGGCUGUUGGCCUCGACGGCAUCAUCGAGACCCUCAAGGCCAUGGCGGGGGGCGACGAGGCGGGCAUGGACGGGCUGUCCAUGACCUAUACGCUAGGAGAGGCAAGCGAACUGUGGAAGGACGUGUUUGAGCCCCUCAAGAGCGGGCAAGCUUCUCAAUAGCGAUAAUGAGGUCAUUGACGCCAGGGCCGUUGGGGCAGUCAACCCACUCGCCGCCGUCGCGAAUGCAAUAGACUUUGUCGUCGAGUCUGAUGGUGCAGCUCACCGUGACGUUAGCCUGCUCUCGUCAGCUCUAGAACCCUCUCGGUAGUGUCUCGCGGUGGUGUCUCCAUACGUCAGCAGUGCGCUCGACGCUCGUGCGCAGCAGCUCCAGACCAUGUGCGCCGUCGUCGCGCGUGGCGCACUCGUUGAGAGACUGGAAGUCAACGGCGUGCUCCAGGGC